GCGCGCCGCCUUCGUGGCUUUCCGAUCCCACUCUUCGCCUCUUUCCGCCAUCUUGUGACGGAAACGACCGAAGACGAGGCCGAGGUUGAAGUAGAGCGAGAGGACGCUGCGGGUUGGCCGGCUCCCUCCGUGGGAGGAACCAUCUGCGGCUGGCCCGGAGGGGAGUAAGGACCGCAGGAGCGAAGAGAAGACCUAGCCAAGGCAGGAGAUGCCACCCCCCUUCCUUCCUUCCUCAGUGGUAGAUGCCUACGGGUCCCGAGAGCGACCGAUUCAACACUGCGGCGCCCGUCAGGCGGGAGGGUUAAAAUCAGAAGCUGUUCCGGCCGAUAAGCUAUCUGUGAAACCCUUUCCUGGUGACCAAGAAUGGGAGGCAUUUCAUUGUGAACAGUAACUGACCCGCAUCGCAAUUUGGAGGCUUUUUCCUGAGCUGCAGCAUUGGCCGUGGAACUAUAGGAGUCGAGCUCCUAGUGAUUGGCGUUCCCUCCAGAGAAGCCGCGGAGGGGAAUUCGCCAACGCAAUGACGCUGCUCUGCAGGCCAGAGUCCAAGAGAAGAACGUGAAGAGGAAUGUUGGAAUACUGACAGCACAAUCGCAACGAGGAAUGCUGAGAUUGUGAGCCUCUUCACGCUUGCCUUAUACAUCCAAUGGUAAUACGAUGUGGAGAGAGAAGGUAAUAGUCGGCUUGCUGGUUCUCCAUUUCUCUGGCCCAGAGGAGACGAUUUAUUGCCCUGCUGUUGCUCUCCUGACAACCCCCAGUUAACUGAAACUUGGGGAGACGAAUUGUAUCACAGGGUCCGAUUGGAUCAAAGCUUGCGUCAAUCCUCCCAAGGAGAAGAUGAAAUUUCCAUUCUAUUGGCCCUUUGUCAAACUGGCACAAUAGCAUCUCCUUCCAGAAGCUUGCGGAGAAGAACAGUCCUGGUUAUGGCUACUGAUCCAACGUGAUCGGGGUGCGGCACCCACUCUUGGACUCAUGACUGGCUAUACCAUGUUGCGGAAUGGGGGCGUAGGGAAUGGAGGUCAGCCCUGGAUGUUACGGUGGUCCAGUCGCAUUCGGCUCACUUGGCUUAGCUUCACGCUGUUCAUCAUCUUGGUCUUCUUCCCCCUCAUCGCCCAUUACUACUUAACCACCAUAGAUGACGCGGACGAUGCCGGGAAGCGCAUCUUUGGCCCCCGCACGGGAAACGAGCUGUGCGAGGUGAAGCACGUCCAAGACCUGUGCCGCAUCCGAGAGUCCGUGAGCGAGGAGCUCCUCCAGUUGGAAGCCAAGCGCCAAGAGCUGAACAGCGAGAUUGCUAAACUGAACCUCAAGAUUGAAGCUUGCAAGAAGAGCAUUGAGAACGCCAAGCAAGAUCUCUUGCAGCUGAAGAAUGUCAUCAGCCAAACAGAGCAUUCUUACAAGGAGCUAAUGGCUCAGAACCAGCCCAAGCUCUCCCUGCCCAUCCGCCUCCUGCCAGACAAAGAUGAGUCGAACUUCCCCUUGCCAAAAUCCAACAGGAACUGCCGCCUACACAACUGCUUUGACUACUCACGCUGCCCGCUAACCUCUGGCUUCCCUGUGUAUGUCUACAACAGCGACCAAUUCAGUUUUGGGAACUCGUUAGACCCUUUAAUCAAGCAAGCCUUUGAAUCCACUGUCAGAACUAAUGUGUAUGUUACUGAAAAUGCAAAUAUUGCCUGUAUAUACGUAAUCCUAGUGGGGGAAAUGCAGGAGCCUGUAACGCCAAAACCUACUGAAAUCGAGCAACAGUUGCACACCCUUCCCUACUGGAGGACAGAUGGACACAACCAUCUCAUCAUCAACUUGUCCAGGAAGUCGGAAACUCAGAACUUCCUCUAUAACAUCAGCACAGGGAGGGCCAUGAUUGCCCAGUCCACCUUCUACGAUGUGCAGUAUCGUCCGGGCUUCGACAUCGUGGUGUCUCCUCUCGUCCAUGCCAUGUCUGAACCCAACUUCCUUGAGAUCCCUCCCCAGGUGCCAGUCAAACGGAAAUACUUAUUCAGUUUCCAAGGUGAGAAGGUGGAGUCUCUCCGAUCCAGCUUGCAAGAAGUACGUUCGUUUGAGGAGGAAAUGGAAGGCAAUGCUCCGGCGGAUUACGACGACAGGAUCAUUGCCACCCUGAAGGCUGUCCAAGACAGCAAGCUGGACUUUGUCUUGGUGGAAUUCACAUGUAAGAACCAACCCAAGCCAAGCCUGCCCACUGAGUGGGCUCUUUGUGGAGAAAGGGAAGACAGACACGAGCUACUGAAACUAUCUACUUUUGCACUGAUAAUCACCCCAGGCGACACCCACCUUGUCAUCUCCUCCGGGUGCGCAAUGAGACUGUUUGAGGCUCUGGAAGUCGGAGCCAUCCCAGUGAUCCUUGGGGAGCAAGUCCACCUGCCCUAUCACAAUGUGAUCCGGUGGAACGAGGCAGCCUUAAUCAUACCAAAGCCACGUAUCACGGAAGUGCAUUUCCUCCUGAGGAGCAUUUCUGACAAUGACCUCUUGGCCAUGAGGAGGCAGGGCCGCUUCUUGUGGGAGACCUACUUCUCCACCUCAGACAGCGUCUUCAGCACCGUCUUGGCCAUCAUAAGGACUCGAAUCCAAAUCCCAGCUGUCCCCAUUCGAGAGGAAACGGCGGUAGAGAUCCCUCACCGAUCCGGCAAAGCCGCUGGCACGGAUCCCAACAUGGCUGACAAUGGGGAUUUGGACCUGGGGCCAGUGGAAACAGAGCCGCCGUAUUCCUCUCCCAAAUACCUGCGCAAUUUUACCCUCACCGCAAUGGAUAUUUACAGAAACUGGAACGCAGCUCCUGGCCCUUUCCACCUCUUUCCCCACACGCCCUUUGACCCUGUCCUGCCAUCAGAAGCGAAGUUCUUAGGGUCUGGGACUGGGUUUCGACCCAUUGGAGGGGGAGCUGGUGGCUCCGGGAAGGAGUUCCAAGCCGCGUUGGGUGGCAACGUCCCCAGGGAACAGUUUACGGUUGUCAUGUUGACAUACGAGCGGGAGGAAGUAUUAAUGAACUCCUUGGAGAGGCUGAACGGGCUCCCUUACUUAAACAAAGUGGUAGUGGUCUGGAAUUCACCCAAGCUUCCAUCAGAAGAUCUCCUGUGGCCGGACAUUGGCGUUCCAAUUGUGGUUGUACGCACAGAGAAGAACAGCUUGAACAACCGGUUUCUGCCCUGGGAUGAGAUUGAGACGGAGGCCAUCUUGUCAAUUGACGACGACGCCCAUCUUCGCCAUGACGAGAUUAUGUUUGGAUUCCGGGUCUGGAGAGAAGCCAGGGACCGCAUUGUUGGAUUCCCCGGGCGCUACCACGCGUGGGACAUCCCCCACCAGUCCUGGCUCUACAACUCCAACUACUCCUGUGAACUCUCCAUGGUGCUGACUGGCGCUGCCUUCUUUCACAAAUACUAUGCCUACCUGUAUUCCUAUGUGAUGCCACAGGCCAUCCGCGACAUGGUGGACGAAUACAUCAACUGUGAGGAUAUUGCCAUGAACUUCCUGGUCUCCCACAUCACCAGGAAGCCGCCUAUCAAGGUAACUUCCCGCUGGACUUUCCGCUGCCCCGGCUGCCCUCAGGCCCUUUCGCACGACGACUCCCACUUCCACGAGCGGCACAAAUGCAUUAACUUCUUUGUCAAAGUCUACGGCUACAUGCCCUUGCUCUACACCCAGUUCCGGGUGGACUCGGUCCUCUUCAAGACCCGGCUUCCCCACGAUAAGACAAAAUGUUUCAAGUUCAUCUAGCGAAGGAGGUGUUUGUUGGCUACGGACAUCUGCAAAGCAAGGGGAGCAAGGAGGAGCGGUCAGAGGACCUUCCACCUCCAGGACAGAAUUCCCCGUUUGGUCCAAGUAGGGACACAAUCAUGAAUUGUGCAGGCCCCGAAGGAACUGUCCAGUGUGGGGACCUGUUUCAAAACUCUUUAUGUUUCAAAUCACGUGCUGAGAAGAAAAAGAAGAAGAAGAAGAAAUAUGACUUUGGUUAGUCCCCCAGCUAGUGGGUUAGCCAAGGGCAAAACUGGGGUUUUUAAAAUAAUAAUUAUUAUUUAAAUUGGAAGUGUUUUAGAUAUGCCUUUCUAAGGCUUUCUAUUUUGGGGGGGUGGGUUAGGGAGGGAAGAAGGGUUGUUUUAGUUUUGCUUUCUUUCUUGUCCAGACCGUCAGUCACUUGGGGAGAAGCAGAAUCCCAGGAGAGGCCUGCACUUCUUCAUGACCCCAAGAUGCACUUCGGGGAAAAUAGAUCUGGCCCCCAGAGGCCCUUUUGCCA